GGGGGUUGGGAGAAAGUCUGCUCCAGCUGGAGGGCGGGCUGCGCCCUGCACUGCCCCGGGACCUGCGGCCUCCAGCGGACGAGGCCGGGAAGAUGGUGGAAGCGUGGUAUAUGGACGAGUCCCCGGAGGACCAAAGAAAGCCCCACCGACUGGAGUCCGGGCGCCCCGUCGACCUGGAGCUGCUGGGUCAACUCGGGGUCUUUUACUGGAAACUGGAUGCUGACAAAUAUGAGAAUGAUCCAGAAUUAGAAAAGAUCCGAAGAGAGAGAAGCUACUCCUGGAUGGACAUAAUAACCAUAUGCAAAGAUAAACUACCAAAUUAUGAAGAAAAGAUUAAAAUGUUUUAUGAAGAACAUUUACACUUGGAUGAUGAAAUUCGAUAUAUCUUGGAUGGCAGUGGAUAUUUUGAUGUGAGGGAUAAAGAGGACAAGUGGAUCCGGAUUUCCAUGGAGAAAGGAGACAUGAUAACACUUCCUGCAGGCAUUUAUCACCGCUUCACCCUGGAUGAAAAGAACUAUGUGAAGGCAAUGCGGCUGUUUGUUGGAGAGCCAGUGUGGACACCCUACAACCGGCCAGCUGACCAUUUUGAUGCUCGAGAACAGUAUGUGAAGUUUUUGACACAGACAGCAUAGCAAUGCUCCCUGGAAAUUAACACAUUACUUGUAACAGUCCUAAACAUGAUAAUUGAGCAGAAAUCAGUCAUUUUCUUUUUGCCUUUAUAGUGUAGAUUUGAGGCUAAGUUGUCUUUCCUUUGCAAGCUUAUUUGGUCAGAAUAUUUUUUAAUGAAAAUAACAAUAAAACUUAUUUUUACAUUCAUUUUCUCUAACUAAAUAAAAAAUAGUGGUUAGUAGCCCUGUGUUACCACAUGCAUUCAACUUUUACCCAAAUGAAAGUUUAAUUUCUCAAAAUGUAACUCCUUAGCAUAUUCUUUCUGAUUCUUCUUAGACUUUAAGCCAGAUAUCAGUCAAUGUCUUGCCUGCUUUAUAGGAAGGUAUACUAACAGAUAAUAGAACUAAUCAAAUAUAAGAUAUUUUUUUCUCCCUAAAUUUAAACUUGGGUUAGGCAGUGGAAUAGGGAAGAGCCUCUGCUAUUAUGGCUACACUCUCAGUAGCUUACAUCACUUUCUUGUUCAAAAUAAAGUAACUGUCUUAAUUGAAUGCUCUCAGCUUGCAGUUACCUAAUAUUCAGGUAUAUAUGGUUUUUUGCCUGGUAUGUUAAAAUCACUCUUGUUUAGCUUCUUUGUAUGAUUGUGUGUGUAUAAGUAUAUAAUUAAUUUAUAUAAUUAUAAUUAUAUAAUAAAUAUAUCUGUUACUUUUAUGUAUGUAUAACAUACAUAAUAUAAAUGUAUGUGUAACAUUUGUAAUGCAUACAAAUAAUAGUACUUUUCCAGUUUGGGAUUUCUAGGUUAAACCUGCCUAACUAUGUAUCUCACAAUCAAUCCUUUGAAUUUUAAGAAGAAAACUAGUGCCUUGUUUUUCUACUUAACAAUUUUGUGAUACCAUUAUGCCUAAUUUGUUGUAAUCAUAGAAAAAAAAACACAAAUCAGCCUAAUGUUUUAGAAGGGCAGAUUGCUUUUAAAUAUUUUUUUAAACUGGUUUAAAAGUCUUCAUUUAAAAAUUAAUCUUUCAUCACCUCCACCUUGGUCUUGGGGAUUAGUUUCUCAUUGAACUGACAAAACUCAAGUUUUAGACAUUGAAGUAACCUUAGGAAUAAAAUGUACAUAGGCAGCAUGAUAAUUACAUAAAUAUCCCAGGACGUUUCUCUGGUCAGAUAUUACUUUAUCUCAGUAAUUAAAUUAAGUGCAUAUCUACUGAUUUUUGUUUUUUUUAUGGCUCCAUUUAUAAAUGGUUAUUAUAAAUGGAACGUGUUCAUUUUUAAGAAUUAAAUAUUGAAAAGAGACCA